UCCCCAAGUACAGCACACACAUGCACCACCACACACAUUCACAAACUCACUCUUGACUCAAACUGAACUUUUAGCACAUAUCAGAGUGGACGUCCUGACCAGAUACCGGUGCUGGCCGUGGACAGCGGAGCUGCUCUCUGCAGGUUGAAUACUCAGGAGAGGAGACUGUUGCUACAACCAGAGCAGAAAAAGUGUUUUUAAAUCAAGAUGGAGACUAUACAGGAACGCAAGCCAAAAAGGCCCCACUACAUUCCCCGACCGCCAGGCAAGCCCUUCAAGUACCAAUGUUUCCAGUGUCCUUUCACCUGCAAUGAAAAAUCCCAUCUCUUCAACCACAUGAAAUACAACUUGUGUAAAAACUCCAUCUCCCUGAUGUCACAGAAAAACGGGCAAACAGCCAGACUGUUCAAGGCUGCAGCAAAAGGAAUUCCUGUCAAAUCUACGGAUUGUCCAAGCCCCCUUCCAGCAGUUCAGAACAACAGUCCAGAGAAAAAGGAAGCAGAGGAGAACAAAGCUGAGAGCAAAGCUGAGAGCAAAGCUGACACAGAAGAAGUAGAUGUUGGGUGUGACAGUACAGUCAAUAAAGACAGCCAGAGUGUGACAAAAUCAAAUACAGUAACAGAGCGAGAGAACAGGGAGGGUAAUGAAGACAAGUCUCUGCCUCGCCCAUCUGCCUUUUAUCCUGUCACACCCAAAAGUGACGGAGCAGAAGCCUUUAAGACACCUGUGCAGCAGUCAGAGGACUCGCAAGCUCCUGUUUCCACUUUCAACCACCCAGGCUUCUCGUGGAGCACAAUUUCAUCAUCCAUUCCCUUGAAGCCAUUCCCCCCUCCCAUGGUUCCUGAAUACUCUCCUUAUCUCCUGCCAGACCGGCCCCUGUAUCCACCAUACUAUCUCCCAGCAAACCACCACACAAAUGAGCCAAACGCUCCUUCUUUUCUAGAUCCACAGAGGCCUGUGAUACCACAACCCAUCGCCCCACCUCACACUUCCCUCUUGCCCCCAUACCCAUACCGAUAUUGCCACCCGCUUCACCCAGGCCCCCCUCUUCAUUAUACCUUGUACAGAUCCCACGAGCUCUCCAUGCCAAUAACAGGACCCAGAUAUCUUCCUUUGGAUCUUUAUGGCCCAACCUUUGGGCAUAAGAAUUAUGACUUAUACAUGCAUUCACAUCCCAGUCAAAACAGCCCCAACACAUCUACACAAGAGGAGAGAAACAACAGGCAAAGCGGGGACAAGGAAACCAGGCUAAGUCCCAAAGAGGGCUGUUCAGCCUUGGGGUCCCCUGACAGACCCAGUCAUGCACAGAGCAUUCAGAGAGACACAGAUGCCCCACACUACACCGACAUGAGUGAGUCACAGACAACCACCCAACCAGUACACACAGCGACAACCAUAAAAACUGACUUAAGACAAGUGGAGUCAGCAGAAAGUCUGAUACAGUUAAGAACUCAGCAUGUGGAUGGAGGAUCAGCUGAGAGUAGCAGAUACAGCUCAAUGUCAGUUCCUGAGCCAGGUCUUGAAACAACAUCAGAGCAAAAUUGUGAGAACAACAGAGAAGAACUGGCCCCCCUCAACCUCUCAACAAGGAACAAAGAAAAAAGUCCAUCUGACCACAGACUGAGGUGCUCAGACACAGAGAUAUUCAAGCAGGAAGAGUUGCCACUGAACCUUAGCCUGCGGGCUUCAUAUAGCAGCCCUGUACACAACUCUACCCUGAGUACUUCAGAAGGUCUUCAGCAGAGGCCUGAUGCUGAGCUGAAUGAAGAACCAUGUGACCAGAGGCAGACUGCAGCACUGGCCCUCUGUCAGCUAGCCACUGCAAGCUCUGCUGGCUCUUCACAAAACUUCAGCACUGCAGAUGGGGACUCUGCAGAUUGCAAAGAUGAGAAAAGUUCUUCCUCUCCAAAGAAGACCAAGCACACAACUAAGGUUAAGGCAACAAGCAUGAAAAGAACAAACAGUGGCCAGGCUGAAAACAACAGCCAUAAACCAAGCAAGAGAGCAAAAGCACCAGGGCGGGCUCUGAGGAGGAGGCCUCGUUGCUGCUAACAACUAAUGACUCGGCUGUUAUAAUAAUUGUAAAUGAGGCAAAUGAGGACAGAACAUCGUCACUCAUCACUGCAGCUCUCAUCUGCAACAACAUCUCAUCAAAAGAUCAACUUACUUAACGUUACUGUUUUAAGUUUAAUUAAGCACUGAAAUAAUUACUCCAGAAAGAGCAGAAUUGACAUGUCUUCUGCACUGUCACGGGUCAAUUAAAAAAAAAAACAAAAAAGAAAAAAAAAAAGAAAUAAAACAUGUUGUCACAGGUACGUUUAUAUGUCUUGUUCUCACAAUUUUGGUUGUGGUGAAAUGCAAAUUUUAUAAGGGUUCUUAAUAUUUAAAUAUUGGCAUUUUUGUAGUAUAUGAAGUUGUCACUGAAAAAUGCAUUACUAAGUGUAAAUAUGUCAAAUAAAUUAAUAGGAAAAACUGACA